CGUGAUUACACUGCCUAACUGAUAAGAUAAACUACACAGGUUCGUCGUUAUUAUUGCAGUCCGUUUUAAUUUUAAUGAGAAAAAUGUACUUUUCUCCGGGGCGUGAAGUGUUAGUGAUAAUAUGCGUCCUAGUUUCAUUGAGUUGCGCUCAGAAGGCUGAAGUGGAAAGCGCGCCUUGUGAUAUAUCAAGGAACGAUGACAAUAACCUGACGCUGAACUGUUCGCGGAGGAGCCUGAGUCAUAUUCCCGAAUGGCCUGUGCAAAUAACCAAAAUUGAUAAAGUUUCAGACGCACACGUCCUAAUAACGUUCUUCAACAACACCAUCAGCAAUGUGACGCAGUUACCGGCGCUGCCCGGGCGUAUCGCCAUCAGCUUUAAAGCGAACAGGAUCGUUGAGAUUGAGAAGGAUGCUUUCGGAGACGUGGGACGGCUCGUCUACUUGGAUCUUAGCAAGAAUCUUAUUAAAGGGGACGUCCUCCGAGGGGAGAUAUUCCGUGGGCCGUACAGAGACAACAAGUACAACAACAUUACCCUGGAGACCUUGAACCUCGGCCACAACGAGAUCCACUCUCUGGACAAGGACUUGUUUCAGUACACUCCGAAUCUGACGCGAUUGUAUCUCAACAACAAUCCCAUCGAGAUUCUUGAUCACGUCACCGUCCUCGCUUUGGCAAGCGCCACGAAUUUAGAGGUGUUGGACUUAUCAAAAACGGACAUAGCGACUAUUCCUCUGCACACUUUUAAAGGUCUAACGAAACUGCAGCAGAUCGAUCUGUCCAACAACAAGUUCGUAACUGUCCCAGAGAGCCUCAGCAUCGUCGGGAACAGUCUGAAAUACCUUACAUUCAACAACAAUCCGAUAGUGGAGCUGAAUGAUGAUAGUUUUAUAGGUUUAACAAAGUUGGUAGAAUUGGAAGUCGCUGAAAACGAUUACUUGGACGAGGUAAAACGAAACACAUUCGUCCCGCUCACGAGUUUGAGGGUGCUUCACCUCUGCCACAACGGCAACCUGAGGUAUAUCAGCCGCAGCGCUUUCAGGGGCAUGAAAGACAAGUGGACUUUGAAAGAGGUAUAUCUGGAUGACAACAAUCUUAGUGAACUGUCAACAGACUUGAUGCCAUGGGACAAACUGGAGAUACUGGGUAUGACUGGCAACUCGUGGCUGUGCAACUGUGACCUAGCAAAUAUUGUCACUGCUCAGGGAGCUGGCAAAAAGUUCAAGUUUGGUGAAAUACCUUAUUGUGCAGCACCAAUGAGGCUGAGUGGAGAGUACAUUACCAACAUAACAGUGUCUUUCUGCCCUACCUUUGACAAUACAUUCACAAGCAAAAGAAGUUUUCGUAUUGGAGAUCUGAAACCUAAACAUGUACUAUGGAGCAUCUUUGGGGUCACUGUGGUAGUUGCCAUUGGAAUGGUACUUGGCUGGAUUGUCAAGGCAAUGAAAACAGUCUACAAGAAGAAGAUUAAGAAGACCCAACCUAUUCGGUACAUUAACUUGAAUGAAGAUUCUUCUUUCGCCUAAAGUUGUGAUUAUUAAUUAAAAGAAAAUGUAUUCAAAUCAAAAAUAUUGUUACAUAGAUUUAAAAUAGGUAGAUGUAUUAUCAUUUUUGUAUAGUUAUUAUUAAUUUAUAAUUGUUUGAAUUUCAAAUAUAAUCUAAUUUAGAUGUUACAA